CAUUCCCCUCUCGUCUCUUCCCCUUCAUCUAGUUUCCAACGCAACAGCCUCAUCCAUUUCCACCCAUUCUCCCUUCUCUUUUCUUAACUGCUUUUCGCGGCCAGUUGCAUGCAUUUUUCUCCCAAAAUGGUUUGCGAGACUAAAAUAGUUGCGGACGAACAUGAUGCUAUACCAGGGACCAAAAAAGAGCCUAUUAUGUGGAGCACCCCCUCUUCUCCCUCUGCCGCGGCUCUGAGCCCCGCGGAGGCGAAGCUCGUGAGGAAAGACGCAGUUUUUAUCCGUGAGUUCGAACGCGAGGACCGGGAGGAGGUGCGCCGCAUCUUUUACGAGGGAAUCAUGGAGAGGAUACCCAACAGUGCAUUCAGGGGGCUCCGGCAGCAGCCCAAAACCCAGUUUAUUUACGCUAUGUUGACAGUAAUGUGCUUUGUCGUGACCAAAUCCAUCACGCUGACCUGCUGUGCCCCCUUCAUUCUGAUGGGAGCACGAUACUACUACAGCAGCAAAGUUAUCCACAACUAUCUGGACUACGCUCUGCACACGGACAUGGCCGACAUAGAGGCGUACAUGAAGCCUACAGGCUCCUGUUUCUGGGUGGCAGUCCUGGAUGGGCACAUUGUGGGCAUCGUGGCAGCACAGGGCAGAGAGGAGGACAACACAGUGGAGUUGCGGCGCAUGUCGGUCGACUCUCGAUACCGGGGCAAGGGCAUCGCCAAGGCUUUGGGGCGGAGGGUGCUAGAGUUUGCCAUCCGGAAUAACUUUGCUGCAGUGAUCCUUGGCACCACCGCUGUCAAAAUGGCCGCCCACAAGCUGUACGAGUCUUUGGGUUUCCGCCAGACCAGCCAGAGUGAAGACUACAGGCUUCCCGGUAUGAGCCGCUCGCCGCUGGAAAGGCUCUUCUUCCAGAUCCGCUAUAGCCGAUACCGCCUGCAAAUCCGCGAGGAGUGAGGGGUGAAGUGGAGAGAGGAGAUGGAGAGGGGGAGAGAGGGAGACAGGCGCCCGGCCACAUCCUCUCCUCAAAACAUAUUUAUUUUGUUUCCUUUCAGAUAACUUUAAUAUCAACUAGAUCAUUCUCUAACAUUUUGUUACAGUUUUGUUGCAGUUUUUUUUAUUAUUAUUAC